AUGGCCAAUAGAGACUAUUACGGCGGUGGUGGCCAACCCAACCAACCUCACUACAACCAACAGCAAUACCCUCCUCAGCCGGCCUACGGCUCCCAAAACCCAUCUCCCUACCCCCCACAGCCCACCUACGGUUCCGCUCCUCCUCCCCAACAGGCCCCCUACGGCAGCGCUCCCUCCCACCAAUACCCGCCUCAGCCCUCCUACGGCAGCAGCGGUCCCUCACCCUCGCACUCGCCCUACCCCCAACAACAGCAGCCUUACGGCGAUGCACGCGGCGGUCCGCAAUCCCAACCCUCCUACCCGCCGGGUCCCAAUGCCGGACUCGACGGGCCGGGACAAGACGGCGAGCGCGGCCUCGGCGCAACCCUACUCGGGGGCGCGGGCGGCGGGUUCCUCGCCCACGAAGUCGGCGGUGGUCUGCUCGGGACGCUGGUAGGCAGCGUAGCGGGCGCGAUCGGAGCGAACGCGCUGGAACAUCGGCAUAAGAAACAUAAGGAGGAGAAAAAGCACUCGCAUGAGUAUCAGGGAGGAGGAGGUGGGGGGUAUGGACAGCAGCCGGGUUUGUAUCCGCCGGGAGGUGGGGGUUAUGAACAUGGUCAUCAUCAUGGUCAUCAUCAUCACCAUAGACAUCAUUCGAGGAGUCGGAGUCGCGGACGGGGGAGUGAUAGCGAUUAG